CUACCGUGUCAGCCCCGCAUCAAUUUAUCUUGAACAAGGUGAUUCCUUUCUUCAAUACGCAAUUUAACCACCGAUGCUCUUAUCUCUGUGAGAAAUUAUUUUUUCAUAACUUGUAAAGUUCCGUAUUUUUAGCCGGGUUUCUGUUAAAAAAUGGAACUUGGGCUUGUGGAGUUGUUGAGAGCAGCUUGGAUUGCAGGGACACUGCCUAUACUUAUAGCUUCACUGCCAUGUUCUUGGCUGGGUUCUUUUCAUGGACUUGUUUUGGGGUUUGCAAGGAGAGGAAAGAUCAUGCAAUCAUCAUCUCAUCAUAAAUUCACUGUUCCCCAAAGAUUCUUUUCUCAUUUCUAUGUGGUGGCUGUGGCGUGGACAACUCUCUUGCUUCUUGGAACAUCGAUAUAUGCUUAUAGAAUGACACCAAUACUUUCUGAGCCGUUUUUCUACUCUGAUCUAGGCAGCUACUUGGCAGGACGAUCAAACAUAUUCUCAAUUCAUCGAUCACGGUUGAUGAGUUUUGAGAAUAGAUACAGGGUUUGGCUUUCUGUGUUUCUGCUUUUGCUAAUGGAAGUUCAAGUCUCGAGGCGUCUUUUCGAGACAGCAUAUGUAUUUAAUUAUAGCGCCUCUGCUCGGAUGCACAUUUUUGGCUAUCUUACUGGCUUAUUCUUCUACACAGCAGCGCCUCUGACACUCUGCUGUACCUGUGCACCCGAAGUACUGAAAUUUGGCAUAAAUGAAGUGUCCGAGUUCAUUCUUAAAGGCACAAGCUCAAUGCAAAACAUUGAAUUUCACUGGUGGGACUUUGUUAACCCUUUAUUGAAGCUUGGAUGGUGCCAGUGGAUUGGCGCAGUUAUAUUUCUUUGGGGUUGGAUUCAUCAGCAUCGUUGCCAUGCAAUUCUUGUUGGUCAUUGCAAUGUGAAGCUACCAAAAGGAAGUUUGUGGAAAUUAGAUAAUUUUCAGUGCAAUGAAGUCAUAUUACUAUAUGUUUGCACGAGGGAAUUCACUUCUAUUCUGAUACUAGGCUCACUAAGGGAACACGUGGGAAAGGUUGAUGAAUAUGUAAUUCCCCGUGGUGAUUGGUUUGAGAUUGUUUCAUCUCCACACUAUUUGGCAGAGAUUGUUAUAUAUGCUGGCAUGGUUUUUGCUAGUGGAGGGACAGACCUAACCAUUUGGUUAGUUUUUGGAUUUGUGGUGUCAAAUCUGGUGUUUGCUGCUGCAGAAACACACAGGUGGUAUCUUCAGAAAUUUGACAAUUAUCCAAGCAACCGUGUUGCAAUUAUUCCAUUUUUAUGUUAAACUCCAAAGAACACGUUUUUUCACUGUUGCAUGCAGUUGCCAUCUCGUGAUUAAGAUGAUGGCUACAGCAAUGUCUUGACAAGAGGCAGGAAAAAAUUUCUUAGAGAAGCAAAUUAGUUUGGUGGAUGUUUAUUUUAUGUCCAGAUGUCCUUUCAGAGGCGAUUGAAUUCUAUUCGUAUAGCUCCUGUAGGCUGCAGACAGCUCAUCCAAUUGGAUGGUGCAAUUACUAUAAUGAAUUGUGCAUUCAAAUUGUUGCUUGAA